AUGGACAGUGGUCCACCUGAUUCCGACCCGGUUAACUCGGGUUCAACUACCGGAAAGCGUCCACGUGGACGUCCUCCGGGAUCUAAGAACAAGCCGAAGCCACCGGUGAUUGUGACAAGAGAUAGCCCCAACGUGCUCAGAUCUCACGUUCUUGAAGUCGCUACCGGAGCCGACAUAGUCGAGAGUGUUACCACUUACGCUCGCCGGAGAGGGAGAGGUGUCUCCGUUCUCAGUGGUAACGGCACGGUGUCUAACGUCGCUAUCCGCCAGCCGGCGACGACGAAUCUUGGUACUAAUGGAGGAACUGGAGCUGGAGGUGGAGGUGGUGUUGUGACUUUACAUGGAAGGUUUGAUAUUCUUUCCCUCACUGGUACGGUUCUUCCGCCGCCGGCACCGCCGGGAUCCGGUGGUCUGUCAAUCUUUCUUUCAGGCGGACAAGGUCAGGUGAUCGGAGGAAGCGUGGUGGCUCCACUUGUGGCUUCAGGUCCAGUGAUACUAAUGGCUGCAUCGUUCUCCAACGCAACUUUUGAAAGGCUUCCGAUUGAAGAUGAAUUUUCUGGUGAUCCUCAUUUGCUUGGUUGGGGAGCCGGAGCAGCUACAAGACCAGCUUUUUAG